AUCAAAUGAAUACAGGAUUUUAUGAAUGUGGUGUUUAAGAUGGCCCUGCAUACAGAAAUAUUAAUGUUAUGCCUACAUGUUUUUACCACUAGAGGUGUACAUAUCAUGAACACUGUAUCGACCCCAAAUAGUGGUCAAGGAAUAUCUUCACGAAGAACACAUGAUAUUAUGAAGUAUAGUACAGACAUCAAUAAGUAUAACCUUGACCUUGGGGGAAUGACGUCCCUGAUGUAUGAAGUAAAGGCAUGUAAAGACGCAUUUGUUCUUCUUUCAAAUUCCGAUGUCAAAAAUUCAUCAAAACCAUUGUAUGAGAUUCAAUUUGGUAAUAGCUUCAACAAAAAGUCGCGUAUUUUAUAUCGAAUAAACGAUUCGUUAGAUGUUGGAAGUCGAUAUAUGCAAUAUAUAAAUUCUCUGAAUAUUCUUAACUGCAAUAUGUAUCUUCCAUUUUGGAUAAGUUGGGCCGGUGGAAAAAUUUCAUAUGGAACUGGCCUUGUCGUUGACGAAAAUAUGUUGGAUAGUUGGAUCAGUACGAAUCAGUUUGCAGUGAAAGGGAUUGAAGUUUAUACAAGUUUUUCUGAAACAGGGGAUUGGAAAAUUCAUAUAGAAGUUUCAGAUAAAUUUGCUGGUCGUUUUGAUAGCUGUAGUAUGGUUAAUCACAUGGCUGACAUGGUUGUAGUUGAUGACAUUCAAUGUCCAUCACACAUAGAGUGUGCUACACGCUGUGGACUGUUCAAGAUUUGUAUGGGUUAUAAUUUCAACAGUGCUUUGAACAGAUGUGAGGUACUGGCAUUUGGAGCAGAGAUUGUAACUGACAUACCACAUCAUAUCGAGGCUGGAUGGACAUUUUAUAGUAAAUGCUACAACGGGAACACCGCAUGUCUUGGAUGUUACUUUUAGACGGAAAAUAAACGAAAAAAAAGUAUUUGAUAUGUCAUCUAAUUGCAAUUAUGUUUUUUUUUGAAAUAAAGUA